UCUCCCUAAAUCUUAGAUAAUUAAAUUAUAAGUAAUCUAUAAAUAUGACAAUUUAACAUUACAACGCGUUUAAUCCAUUCCUUAUUAUUAAUAGGUAUUUAGUUGUAUUUUAAACAUGAAGGGAAUAGUUCUAUUAUUUUGUGUCUUCGCUCUUGGGGCGGCUCUCCCCUACGACCCUGUCCUAAGGAAGAUAGACGAUGGACCCAGAUACCAGUAUGUCGAAGGUCCAGACGGCACUCUUCACCUGGAGGACCUGUGGGUGAAAGCCAGUAACCUGGCUGAAGCAGCUAAAUACAAUCCUGAUCGCCAAAACAUCUACCAUCUGUUUACCAGACAAAACCCAACAGUCAGCCAGCCGAUGCUGAUUGGCAACGAAGGUCUCCUCGGCCUGAACAACUACAACCCAGCCCGCAGGACCAUCAUACUCCUGCACGGGUGGAGAGCUGAUGCCACCACUGACUUCAACAGCGUUCUCGUGCCUGCCUUCUUGUCUGCUGAGGAUGUGAAUGUGAUUGUGGUGGACUGGAGUGCGGGCGCUGGGUCCAUCAACUACGCUACUGCUGUAGCCAACACUUUACCUUCUGGUGAAAGCGUCGCCCGCUUCAUAGACUGGCUAAACACGGUGACGGGCGCAGUCCCGAGCAUGUACCACAUCGUGGGACACAGUAUCGGUGCCCACAAGGCUGGUAUUGUGGGGAGAAACCUUGGGGGACGGAUCGCGUAUAUCACUGCUUUAGAAGCAGCGUUACCUGGCUGGGUCACCCAUGGUGACAAGUUCAGGAGUGAUGAUGGAGUAUACACUGAAGUCAUACAUACAAAUGCUGGUCUUCUUGGCUAUGUGACUCCUCUAGGGGAUGUGGACUUUUACCCCAAUGGUGGGAUUGACAUGCCUGGCUGUAAUUCCCAGGAGUGUGAUCAUGCUAGAUCAUACUUCUACCUAGCCGAAUCACUCACCACCGGAGGGUUCACAGGCAGACGAUGUGCCUCCUACCUCACCGCUAUGACAGGAAACUGCUUCCUCCUCGGCAAUUUGAGGAUGGGAGGUCUGGUGCCGAAGACUGGACAAUCUGGAAUCUACUGGUUGGAAACGAGGUCCUCCCCUCCGUUCUCUCGUGGAUAAACAUCAAUGAAACAAAAGCAUAACCUCUCUUCUUACAAAGUCGGGCAAAUAAAUACUCAUACGAUACA